AUGGAUAAAAGUGUGUUUGGACAAGAAGAAGAGACCUGCAACACUGUUGCUGCCCACUGUUACUUUGGACAUCUCAUCUUCGAGUAUGCAGCUUCAACAACUCCCGUGCUCUCCACUUCUUCUUGGCUGGCUGCAUGGCCUGUCAUUGGAAUCUGGAUGACUGCUAUGGAAGUUUCCACCAUGGCUUUCAAUUUGAAUGGAUUCAGCUUUAGCCAACUUGUUCUGGACAGUGAUGGACGUGCCAUCAACACCUGGGCUGACAUUGGUAUGAAAGUCACGCGCCAUGAGUGCAAUGCCCACAACUUCCCCUUGGACUUGGCCUUCGGAGAAGUCUGA